AUGGCAGAGGGAGAUAAUCGCAGCACCAACCAGCUGGCUGCAGAGACUGCAAGUCUGGAAGAGCAGCUGCAAGGAUGGGGAGAAGUGAUGCUGAUGGCGGAUAAAGUCCUCUGAUGGGAAAGAGCCUGGUUUCCACCUGCCAUUGUGGGUGUGGUUUCUUUGGUGUUUCUGACUAUCUACUAUCUAGAUCCAUCUGUUUUGUCCGGUGUUUCCUGUUUUGUUAUGUUUUUGUGCUUGGCUGACUACCUUGUUCCCAUUCUAGUGCCUAGAAUUUUUGGCUUCAAUAAAUGGACAACUGAGCAACAGCAGAGAUUCCAUGAAAUCUGUAGCAACCUAGUGAAAACCCGACGCAGGGCCUUGGGCUGGUGGAAACGCCUCUUCACACUAAAGGAAGAAAAGCCUAAAAUGUACUUCAUGACCAUGAUCAUUUGUCUUGCUGCAGUUGCUUGGGUGGGACAGCAAGUCCACAACCUUCUUUUUACCUACUUGAUAGUGAGUUUCUUACUGCUGCUUCCUGGACUCAACCAACAUGGAAUCAUUUUCAAGUACAUUGGAAUGGCCAAAAGGGAGAUAAAUAAGCUGCUCAAGCAAAAAAGAAAAGAAAAAUGA